AUGAUGAAGUUAUUGAUUGCUGUAUUGUCAUCAACACUGAUUGCUUGUUCAGUUACUACAGCUACUCCAGUUAAUCCCAGUAGGACUAGAAACCUCGAGUCUAGUUCCACAGCUAUUUACACUGCAACUGCUUAUCCCAGCACUUCGACAUUUACUGGUUUAGAUGUAGACACGGUUAAUUGUGGUGAUUAUUCAAGGGAAAAAAAAGAAGCAGUCAAAGAAUAUGCAGAGAAGGGACAUAGUUUCGAAGAAAUACAUAAAAAGUGCAAGUUGAUAUUAACAGAAAUUAUUGCUCAAAAAAGAGCGAUGAAAAAUCUGAAUGAAAGAAUUGAGUCAAUGUCGCCUGUAACUAUGCCAAGUGAUGGUGGCCCAGGUUAUACGGAAACUAUGUCACUCAUUCAAGAUGGGAAUGAUGCUCUUGCAAACCUUGAAAGCCAGCAGACAAUAUGCGAUGACCAAUAUUCUUCUCGGCGCGAGAGAGUGCGUUUAGCUGAAAAAAACCUUGCAAGAGAGUUUUUUGGAAUCUUACGCGUCAAAUUUGGACGGGUUAGUAAUGAGCGCAUGAUGGACCUUUUAACAAGUUCCAACUUUCUGUAUUGUUUUAAUCAAUUUUACCCUGAGAUACCGAGUUCAUCAACAGGCUCUGAGCGUGCCUCUACUAGUGGAACGCAAGGUUCACCACAACCUCAAGGUCCACCACCAUCGUAUGAAGUUGUAAUGAGGAAUCCUAAACUCUAUAAAGUGAUUCAACAGAACCCAGGUGAUCAACUUCCAUCGUAUCAAGAAGUAAUGAACGACCCUCAAAAGUUCCCCGAGGUCUUGGAAGAUCCUGAUGUUACCGAAUCGUCAUCGAUGAGUCCAUCUAUAGUUCAUCCUACUCAAACAUCUUCUAGUGUUCCAUCCAGUCAACAUACAGCUUCAUCCACUCUACGAAGAGUUGCAUCCACUCUACAGAGAGCUUCAUCCACUCUACAGAGAGCUGCAUCUAGUGUGCGAAAAGUUUCAUCCAGUCUUACAUGGAAAGUCGAUCGUUCUUGA